GUCGGAAGUCGACUUGUCUACUAGUAUAGACUCGCUGAUCCGAAUGCGGGAGGAAGCCCGCGAGCACAACAAUGGCCAACGUUCCAGAUUUUGUGUCGUGCGAACAGAGCGUAGAGCUAAUGAAGGAGCGCGCGCGAUGCGAAUGAGUCCAAAUGCCAGUGACAUACUACUACUCUCCCGAUCUUGCUGCCACACUGUACGAGCUGGCUCGAAAUAUGGCAGAUAACGCCUCCGUCUCGAUACACUCGGCACGGUCCGAGUCGCGCUUGCGCCUCCCUCGCUUGCACCUCCCUCGCGUGCAGUUCCCUUCUCUUGGCAAUCGGCGCGGCGAAGCUCGGCGCGCCGCAAAUUCUCGCAGGCGCGCGUCGGGGUCUCCGCGUACUCGAUCUCGAUCUCGACGCUUCUAUCGGUGGCUUGACGGCAUCGCGGACGGAUUCAGCCGCCGUCUCGGGACGUUGGAGCACGCCUUGCUACAUCGAGCUCAGAGGAGCGGUAGCCGUCCCGGGUCAGUCCCGCGCGGGCGUACUGGAAGGUCGAACCUCCAUAGGAGGGCGCGUAGCGGAGGCUCUGGGGUUUCUGAAGACCAUCACGAAUGCGCUGGCCACGGAAGUGAGGAGCCGACGGAGGCUACCGCUGGGCCAUCAAAUCCUCGGCAACCCUCGCCACGAAAUUCCGAGAAGUUGUUGCCACAAACUCCUGAGCAUUCACCCCCACCAUCUCCGACGCCGCAGCCCUCGAAGGAUAUGCACCCACCGCGCGACGAGCCCUUGCUACCGACGACCAGGCAAGAAGGCCCGCAGCCUGCGAGCUCUAACUUCAGGCCUGGAGAACCUUCCAACAGUCAUGGACCGGCCGAUAGUCCCAACAUGUCUACCAACAACGCCCCUGCUCUUCCUCUGCAUACAAAGCCGUCUUAUGCAACGAUGGACUCGACCCAAGUCUCCCAGGACUUCACGCCCCAGACGGACUCAACGAAGUUAACGACACCCUCAGGCGCUCCGCAAAAGCUCCCGCAUGGAAAUGUUCACUCACGUCCUUUCAUCCACGCGUCUGGAUCCGAGGCAGCCCGGCAUACGCCGCAUCACUCCUCUUCUAGGCUACAUCAUACUCCCGCUCCUGCCCACCCUUCACCCUUGCGGUACUAUGCCACCAACGCCGAGCUACAUCCAGACUUAGACCCUGUAGACGAAGAGGCGGAUGGAGGUGAGGCAGGUUUGAACGCCGAAGAGCGACCGGGUCCUUCGCCUGCUUCCGAAUCGCGGCCGGAUUUCCUGACGUCUACGCACGCAGAGGGUCCGCAGCCUGCGCCUUCGAGAUCAUCACCUCAAACACCUCAUCAUUCGCAUGGCUCACCACCCAAGAACUCUGGAUCACUGCUCAACUUCGGGACGCACUCGCCGUCCGUUUCGGUCGAACCGACCAAGCCGGCUGCUUCUACGCUAUCGCCUCGCACGAGGAUGACUUCGACUCACAAGGUCGAGGAUAGGAGCCAGAUGAGCGAUUCACCUUCACCUUCUGGCGGUAUUUCUGCUCCGCCACGCGACGUUCCUUUCGCGCCUCAGGUUUCGAGUUCAUCCGCACAGAAUGCCCGACCCAACCAAGCCACCGCUUCGGAUUCGCCAACGACGCCAGCGCAACCCUCACCUGUAAUUGCUCCUGCAAAUGGCGCGGCGCCCUCUCCCGCGCAUUCAAAUAGGCCGCCAUACUCUCGUUCCUACAGCGUAGAAAGUUUGGCAGCGACGAGCAGCACCUUGCGUGGCGACCUCUCCGUGCACAGUGCGCAUAUAUCCCAGCUCCAGGAAGUCGACGCGGAGCCACGCGUUCUCAAGCUAUGCGAAGUACCGCAAGGAUUUCAGGAAACUCUUAGGAACGCAGAGCAUGCCGCGCGCCAAGCUGUCGAGCGAGUGCCAGGAUCAUCGCCCUCCGGGCAUGCAUUCGACUACGCGACACGGCGUGUGGCGCUGGGCGUCAUUGCUGAGUGUAUUCACCAUACGCGUCAAGUCCUACAGAAGUUCAGGAAGACUGAAGUAAACGAGAACACGCCCAGGGCGCGCGAGGAUGCGGACCACUAUAAGGAUGGCUUGAUGUCGAUGCAGACGACCUGUGCACUCUUCUUGACCACGCUCGGCGAAGGCCAGGAUGCCGCCUUGACCUGCGUCCUCGCCCGACUUUGCCACUUGAGGGAAAGGAUAGCGCGCUGCGCAAAGAAGAUCAUGAAAGCCACACUUGCCCUUUCCAAGCAUGCUUUGCGUGAACAUCUUGACGGCAUGAAGCAAGUUCGCGCGGAGUACGAUGCGCGCAAGACGCAGUACAAUGCGGACAUCCGAGUCAUGAGGCAAGACCGCGGCAGUCUGCAUGAGAUGCGCAUGAUGUUCGUGAACGAAGCGGUUAGGGUGUCUGUAAGAGCAUAGGGGGCAGGUUAGUUCGUGAACUUCGUGCAGCUGGCCUGUACGAGGUAUAGAGCGCCGCCGUCGAAACUCGUAGAAAGAACCUCUCUAAUUUAAUCAUGAUACUACACGAGACAUGGAUAUCGUCGCG